AUGCGCGUGCUAGGCCUUCUAGGCGGGACAACCUACAACGCAACCCUCCUCUACUACAAACAAAUAAACGCCUACGUCCAACACAGUCUCGGCGGCGGCCACUCCUCCAAACUGCUCCUCCACUCCUUCGACCACGCCGAGCUCUUCAGCUUCUUCCAAACAGGCAACUACAACGAAGUAUCCCGCCAAAUCUGCAGCGCGGCAAAGAAUCUCAAGUCCAUCGGCGCAGAAGCAAUCGUUCUCUGCGUCAACACGAAUCAUCGCUGGGCGGAAGAUGUUGAAAAUGCAACGGGUCUUCCACUGCUGCAUAUCAUUGACUUUACGGGUGAUGCUAUCAUUAAAGAACGGUUGAAGAAAGUUGCAUUGCUGGGAACACAGAUUACGAUGGAGCAGGACUUUUUGAAGGGGAGGCUGGAGAGGAGGUUUGGGGUUGAAGUACUUGUGCCGAAGGGGGAGGAGGCGAGGAAGAGGAUGGAUCGUGUGAUUUUUGAAGAGCUUUCGUGUAAUAAGGUACUGCCUCAGUCAAGGGAGUUUUAUCUGGAUCAGAUCAGGGACUUGUAUGGGAGGGGUGCCGAAGGGGUUAUUUUGGGGUGUACAGAGUUGCAGAUGAUAUUAAGGCCGGGGGACGUUGACAUGCCCAUGUUUGAUACCGUUGAGUUACAUGCGAAAGGCGCUGCGAAAUGGCAGCUGGAGGAGUAA